UAACUAUAUAAGCAACAGGCCCGAGUCAACUCCCGGCAUGAGUUUCCGAGGAAACACGCACGAGCAGAAGCUGAGACGGAGGAACCACUCAGGGAAGCUCUUCCCCACUGCCAAACAGAAAGAUCACUGAAAGUACUUUAAGUCAAACGAAAGAUGUCCUCACCUAAGGGAUUGUCCAUUGGCAUCGAUUUGGGCACCACCUACUCUUGUGUUGGGGUUUUCCAGCAUGGUAAAGUGGAAAUCAUCGCCAAUGACCAAGGCAACCGGACCACUCCCAGUUACGUUGCCUUCACCGACACAGAGAGGCUCAUUGGAGAUGCUGCCAAAAACCAGGUUGCCAUGAACCCCACCAACACGAUCUUUGAUGCCAAACGCCUCAUUGGGAGGAAGUUUAACGACGCAGUGGUCCAGUCUGACAUGAAGCUCUGGCCUUUCAAGGUAAUCAAUGAUGGCGGGAAGCCCAAAGUCCAGGUGGAUUAUAAAGGAGAGAACAAGGCAUUUUAUCCUGAAGAGAUCUCCUCCAUGGUCCUGGUAAAAAUGAAAGAGAUUGCUGAGGCCUACCUGGGACAGAGGGUGUCAAACGCAGUCAUCACAGUCCCAGCUUAUUUCAAUGACUCACAGAGGCAAGCCACCAAGGAUGCUGGCGUUAUCUCAGGACUUCAUAUUUUGAGGAUCAUCAAUGAGCCCACGGCAGCGGCCAUCGCAUACGGCCUGGAUAAAGGUAAAAGAGGAGAGCGAAACGUCCUCAUCUUUGACCUUGGUGGUGGCACCUUUGAUGUGUCCAUACUGACAAUUGAGGAUGGCAUCUUUGAAGUGAAAGCCACUGCAGGGGACACGCACCUCGGCGGGGAGGACUUUGACAACCGAAUGGUCAACCACUUUGUGGAGGAAUUCAAAAGAAAACACAAGAAAGAUAUCAGCCAGAAUAAGAGAGCCGUGAGGAGGUUACGCACAGCUUGUGAAAGAGCAAAGAGGACCUUGUCUUCCAGCUCUCAGGCUAGCAUUGAGAUUGACUCGUUGUUUGAGGGAAUUGAUUUUUACACCUCGAUCACACGGGCACGUUUUGAGGAGCUGAACUCUGAGCUCUUCAGGGGCACGCUGGAGCCGGUGGAGAAGGCUCUGCAAGAUGCUAAAAUGGAUAAGUCAAAGAUCAAUGAUAUUGUCCUGGUUGGCGGCUCCACAAGAAUCCCCAAAAUCCAGAAACUCUUACAGGACUUCUUUAACGGCAGAGAACUGAACAAGAGCAUCAACCCCGAUGAAGCAGUGGCCUAUGGCGCAGCAGUCCAGGCUGCUAUCCUCAUGGGUGACACCUCAGAGAACGUCCAAGACCUGCUGCUGCUGGACGUGGCACCGCUGUCUCUGGGCAUCGAAACCGUAGGCGGAGUCAUGACCCCCCUUAUCAAACGAAAUACCACAAUUCCCUCAAAGCAGACUCAGAUCUUCUCCACAUACGCGGAUAACCAGCCAGGAGUGCUGAUUCAGGUGUACGAAGGUGAGAGAGCCAUGACCAAAGACAACAAUCUCCUGGGGAAGUUUGACCUCGCAGGUAUCCCCCCUGCUCCCAGAGGUGUGCCACAAAUAGAAGUAACCUUUGACAUUGACGCCAACGGCAUCCUGAACGUGUCUGCGGUUGACAAGAGCACUGGCAAAGAAAACAAAAUCACCAUCACCAAUGACAAAGGACGCCUCAGCAAAGAGGAGAUUGAGCGGAUGGUACAGGAUGCAGAAAAGUACAAGGGAGAGGAUGAAGUGCAGAGAGAGAAGAUUGCGGCGAAGAACAUGCUGGAAUCCUACGCCUACCAGAUGAAGAGUUCAGUGGAAGAUGACAACAUGAAAGGAAAGAUUAGUGAGGAGGAUAGAAAGAAGGUUAUUGACAAGUGCAACCAGAAAAUUUCCUGGCUGGAGAACAACCAGCUAGCCGAGAAGGACGAGUACGAGCAUCAGCAGAGCGAGCUAGAGAAGGUGUGCAAGCCAAUUGUGACAAAGUUGUACCAAGGAGCAGCGCCGUCGGGAAGCUGCGGCAGCCAGGCGGGAGGCAGCUCUCAGGGUCCCACCAUCGAGGAAGUGGAUUAAAAACACACAUUUCAGUCUUUAUGUUAAUGGGAUGACCUAUCAGUGCUUAGUUCAACGAAUCAUAUGAUUUCAAUGUAAAAACAUUGUUAAAAUACAAUCAAUCUUCAAUAAUAUUCGAUUUCUUAAAGUCUUAAGUCUUAAAUGUCAAGAACUAAAAAUUAAAUGAAUGACACCAAAGCACUUACAAUGUAUUGAUUAUUUACACUUUG